AUGCUGGCAAGGCUAGGCAGGCUAUUUGGGAGAGAGAAUGGAGAGCGUGGAGAGACCAGAGAGAGGCAGAAGAAAGCUGGCCUUCGGUCUCAGCGUAAACCAUGGAGAAGUAAAUGGUUCUGGAGAAGGCACAGGACUACUGAGGAGGCACCACCCCAACUCUCCACCUCCCCUGAGCAGGAGCAGCAGAUGAAAGAGUUGGAGAAACUCACCAUUCAGUUACAUCACAUGACAUGCGAGAGAAAUGAGCUGCGUGGAAUCCUGGCCAAUUAUUCCAACAAGGAUUUGAACAACAGGCUGAAUUUUGAGCUUGAGAUGCUCACUAUGGAGCAUAACCAGUUGAUGUCUGACCUUCAGAAAUUGCCCAUGGAGAUCAGCGAUGCCUUGGACAAGUGCAAGAGGCUGAUGGAGGAGACUGAAUCCUUGAGUUACUGGCAUGGCCAGGUCCUAAGAGAAUGGAUUCAGCUUAAGAAAAACGUACAUGCGUCAAGACUGAAGAACAGAUUGCUGCGGAAGGAGCAGAUAGAACUGCAAGAGUCCUGUGAAGAGGUGAAGAGGCUCUUUAAGGAGAUCCAUGAGAUCUGUGACCCCUGUGCUGAGCAGCAUCAGGUAGGCUGAGGCAGCAUGGGAGGGCGGCCCACCUGUCAAGUAUAAACCCAGA